AUGGAGAGUACAGCCACCUCUACACUCUCAGAAUCUCGAAGCACUGGUGGUCAUCCCGCGAUUGACACGAGAAAGAGACAACAUAAGAAGACAAACACAACCAGACGAGACGACUCUUCUCAGGAGCGCCAAGCGAAUGUUAGUACGGACCGGGUACCAGUACACCGGGGGCGAGGAUACGAACGCUCAGCCCCAAAAGCGCGGACGCCACACCUUUUGCACCUCAACCCUGGUAAGCGAGGAAGUGAUUCACGAAGUCCGAGGUGGAAAAAGAAAACCUCGAUCCACAUUCGCCGGCACCCUCGGCAGCAGUGUCACCAUGGAGAUAGAAUCCAGGCGUCUUUCAUUAGGCUCAUCCAUGGUACAUUCUGCCUGGAUCUGCAGCAUGAAGCCGUCCAAUGGGUAUGCGGAGAGCCGUGGCACUUGUACCCGCAUGACGGCGGCACGAUACUCUUUGCGGUGAUCUAUGGUCUAGCACUCGACAUGAUGCCCUUGUUGGCGCAGGGGACUCCUCAAAGGCUGCUAAUAGUCAUCGUAUUCUUGAGCUUGGACCGUCGACAUCUUCCGACGGCCAGCAUUCCAGACCCAGACGCCCUUUUGAUGACAGCCGUGAGUAAUAAAGUCCUAGCUUUGCGUUGCACCACAACCGUCAAAGCACCGACUACUUCUCGAGCAUUCCACCGGAGCAAUGUCCCAUUAGAAAUAACCACUUCGAGCGGACACCCUUGCGUCGUAUCCAUUAAAUCGACCUUGUGUCCUUUCGGCCCCUUGCGCACUACGCGAGCACAUAGUGGGGGCCACACCUUGCACCCCCAUCUGAAACACAAGCACCUGGUUUCUAAGAUUGUGCCUGCUACCGCAACGCCACUGCCGCAACAGCCUGCUGCCGCCAGAAAGUCUCUGCAACUCACAUGCGUCCGUCACAGCAACCGUAGCACCGUAGCACCAAGAUUCAGCCUUAUGCACCUCCACCGUCUAGAGCGCGCGCUGGACGCCUGGCUGCUGACACAGGCUCGGCAGCCGGCCCCGGACCCCCAGAUCGUGGCAGCGCUUCUUCCCGCGCGCCCGUCAUGCAAUGUGACGGUUGCUCUUUAA